AAUGCAUAUCGCCAUAGUUCGACGCGGCGCGCGCCACUCAACGGUUAUUGGUCGUUCAUCUGUUCAUUUUUAAUUUUUUCAUCAAUUUUUUAACUUGUCCCAAAAAAGUUGAAGUCAAUUGUGUGCCAGUGCUAAGUGUCAAUAAAUUAGUUUCUAUUAUUGGAUUAUCCUUCAAAGAUCGAAUGAUAUGACAAGAUGACCCUAUCGAAUAGCCGCCAGCAGUUCCUGGCGUAUGAGUCUCAGGGGACGGAAGACAUCCACUAUGGCAGAAAAGGAGGUGUCUUCGUUUCCACAUGCGUGUGCGUCGGCCUAGUUAUCCUAGCUGUGAUAGUGGCCGCUUUGGUUGGAGUUAUAGUAUAUUUUAUAACCUAUUUUAAGCUGUCACAACAAGAUGGAAAUUUCUGGGAUGAAACAGAGCCAUUUGGACAAACAGGCCCUCCGUCUCCAAACCUCAGGCUACCAUCGGACAUAGUUCCAAGUUUCUAUAGACUAAAAAUAAAAGCUGAUUUGGAAACUUCUAACUUUACCGGUGAAGUGUACAUCACAAUCAGAGCUAGUAGAAAAGUUAAGGAGAUUAUUUUACACUCCAAAAGCCUCAGUAUUAAAAACAAUGCUAAGCUCACUGAACAAAUAUAUGAAAAAGUGGAAACUCUGCACAUGAGACGAAAAAGAGAUGCACCUGAUGCAAGUAGUAAUAGUACAAAAGUGGAAACUGAAAAUGUUAUACAGAAUCAAAGCGAAGCUGUUACAGAAAAUACAACAGAAAAUGUUACAACUCAGGCUGUAACGGAUACUACUUUAGCACCUAGCAAUACCCCAGAAGUAACUCCAGCAAACGUAACCGAAACUACUGUAAAUCCUACCACAGAAACAGUUAAACCGAAUACCACUACUAAAUCUGAUACACAUACUCAAGUUACUCACAGCAGUGUAAGGAACAUCAAAAUCAUCUCAAUUUCAGCAGCUGCGGGUGACAGACUUGUCCUUACUUUGGCUUCAGCUUUAAAACCUGAUGUAGAUUAUAUUUUAGAACUAUCUUUUGAAGGGCCAAUCUCAAAUUCACUGACUGGCUUCUACAAAAGCACCUAUACAAAUGCUAAUAAGGAAGAGAAGCAACUGGGAGUAACACAGUUUGAGCCAACAUAUGCUCGGGCGGCAUUCCCUUGUUUUGAUGAACCGGGAUUCAAGGCCAAAUUUGAGAUCAGCAUUGCACACCGUACCAAUACUACUGUGCUCUCCAACAUGAAAAUUGCCACACAGGAGGCCAUUCCAAAUGAACCAGACUGGGAGUGGACACAUUUUGAGCGAUCAGUCAACAUGUCUACCUAUCUUGUCGCCUACAUCCUCUGCGAUUUCAAGUCUUUAGACACCAGCUAUGUCAGCAAGGAUAACAUCACGAAACCCAUACGUAUUUGGACUAGACCGGAGUUGAUCAACAAAGCCAAAUAUGCAGCAUUGAUCACUCCAAAAUUGCUAGAGUAUUACGAAGAAGUAUUUGGAGUGCCAUAUGCUUUGGAUAAGCUGGAUUUGAUAGCUAUACCGGACUUUUCUAGUGGUGCUAUGGAGAAUUGGGGCUUGAUUACAUUUAGAGAGACGACUCUCCUCUUCGACGAAGCGGACAGCGUCCCCCGAGACAAACAGAACGUUGCCAUCGAUAUAGCCCACGAGCUCGCGCACCAGUGGUUCGGCAACCUGGUCACCAUGCAAUGGUGGACAGAUCUCUGGCUCAACGAGGGUUUUGCUACUUACAUCGAAUACGUAGGCGUUGAUCAUAUCGAGCCGGAGUGGAAUAUGUUCGAGUCGUUCACGCGUGAUAUGCUCGACUUACUACGAACGGAUGCAUUAAAGAAUACUUCCCCUGUAUCCCGUCAAGUGGUUGACGCAUCUGAAAUAUCACAGAAAUUUGACGAAAUAUCUUAUACUAAAGGCGCGAACCUUAUUCGUAUGCUUAACAAUACAAUGUCUGAGGAACUCUUCCAUAAAGGCUUGGUCAACUAUUUGAAUCGAUGGAAAUACAUGAACGCAGAAGAGAAUGAUCUGUGGGCAGCGAUGUCUUCGGUAGUGGCUUCAGACCCAGUGCUCAAAGGUCGGUCGUUAGUGGACUUUAUGAACUCGUGGACGCGUCAGGCGGGGUACCCAGUCGUCAACGUCAAGAGGAACUAUGAAUCUGGCAACGUUCACUUUGAGCAGCAACUCUUCACAAGCUCAAAGGAACCGUACGAGAAAAUGUUGAAGCAGCUAUGGCAGAUUCCUAUCAGUUACACGGCAGUCGAGGCUCCUCUGUCUGAAUGGAGUACCAAACCUAAACUAUGGCUGAUGGAGAAAUCUACCUCUGCCGACUUGCCCAUCAACGCUUCCCAAGCGCUCUAUGUGAACAUAGGCGCUACUGGAUACUAUAGAGUGAACUACGAUCAGAGAAAUUGGGAACUUCUUAGUACGGCCUUAAAAUCUGGUCAUGUGAAAUCAGCAAUCACAAAAGCACAACUUAUAGACGACGCUUUUAAUCUGGCUAAGGCGUCACAGUUGAACUAUAGCUAUGCCUUAGGCUUGACUACAUACGUGAUCAAUGGAGAACAAUCGAAGAUUGUAUGGGAUCUGUUACUGAAUAAUAUGGCAUUCUUGAAACACAACCUGAUGGCUACGUCUGGGUAUAGAUACUUCCAGGAUUACAUGAGGAUAAUCCUACGGAAGCAACUAGAACGUCUGAACUUCGGCCUGGACAAACCGAAGGAUGACAAUGAGGCGUUCCUCAUAGAAAAUCUAGUCAUGUGGGAGUGUUACGUCGAGUCACCUCGCUGCCUCAAAUGGGCCAAAGAGCAGUUCAAUAACUGGACUUCACAGGCUGAUAUAUCGAAGAACCCGAUUCCAAGCUACCUGCGUUCUCUGGUGUACAACGUAGUGCUGAAGUACGGCGGGCGCAACGAAUUCGAGUUUCUAUGGAAUCUGUUCCAAAACUCUACCGACCCUAACGUCAAGACCCUAGUCAUCACCAACCUGCCCAGCACUAGGGACGAGUCGCUCAUCACCAUGAUGCUCGAGAAAAGCCUGACAGAGAUACCUAAGCAGUACGCAGUAGCUGUGUGGAGCGUUGAGCCGCCGAUAGGCACGCGUAUCGCACAGCGGUUCCUACUAGACAACUUCGACCGCGUGUACAGCAAGUUCACAGAAAUGGACGCCUUCAUGUUCCCGGCUGUGCUCAGCGGCGCUUUCGGGUUUAUAACGAAUGAAGAGGAGUUGGAUAGGUUGAAAUCGUUCGCACUCGCGCACAAGGAGCGGUUGUUGCCGAUGUCGCAGACGCUACAGAAGAUCGUCGACACGGCGCAGCUCAGGAUUAACUGGAUGAAGAAGCACGCAGCUGGCAUCAACACGUGGUUGCAGGACUACGUCACCAGUAACACAACGGGCACAGUGAAUUCUACGGUUGUAGACAAUGAGACUACGAAGGACUUACCAUCUACGUCUCCAAUACCAGAUAGCACAGAAGCGCCGAAAACCACCGCGGGCGUCGAAACGACCACAUUUGCACAAGCAGACAAUACCACAGACCCAAUAGCAAAACCUAGUCGUUAAUCCAAGAUAAGUUGAUUGUGUUUUUAAUUAAUUUAGCCGCAGAGUUUCCAAUCGUAAUACCGGUCGCUUUUUGUUUUAUUUUUUUUAGAAUUCGACUCGAGCGUACACGUACGAACACUGAUAUAAAAUAAACAAAAGUACUACGUAUAGUAGGGAUACUCUUCGCCCCGCGCCAAUAAGAGCUUGGAACGAGCUUGAUUCCUCUCACCUUCCGAUAAAGUGACCCCCACAUUAGUUUAUUUAAGCCUUAAGCCUCUGUCUCGCUCGCACACACCUGUAAGGCGACACACGCUAAGAACGAGAUUUUUACAUGGAGAUAUGAAAUACGCACACAGUGUGUGCACUCUCAUACUACUUGAAACGGUUGGGUUCAAACUAUUCCGGCCAAGUAGUUAAUGCCAUCUGCGGCAAAUCUACAAUAAGUCACGUCAAAAAAAAAAAGUUCAAACUAUUGUUCCUACGUGUACGUACCGACGCGACACCAUAUAAUACUACACCUAUGCGUUUAAUGCGUACAAAAACUCGUCCCAAGUGCGACCGGCCUAAAAAGUUAAAUCACUUUAAGGAAAUUAAGCGAUAAUAACAUUUUGCAACUAAACCAUUGAAAUCGGAUAUACUCUUGCCUAACAACAAUGUGCAAACAGAUCAUGUACAACCAUGUUGUGAACGCAUAAUAAUAACAAUAAGUACUUGUGGUACUUUUACACCGUUUUCGAAAUAUGAAAUACAAGAGCAUUUAAAGUUUCCAUAGGUUUUUGGCGUGAGGGGCUACGCAAUGCAAUAUUAUCCUUCAUAAAUCCAUAAAAAACUGCCAACAGUAAGUUUAAUAAAAAAAAGAAAAAUAACAAAAUAUCGUUAAAAAAUGAGGCAUCAGACAACUAGCUGGGUACCAAAGAAUAUUUGCAACAACUAAAUAUAGCUCUGGCUAUGAUUCCAAUACUAAUAUUAUGAGUGCCAAAUUAUUAGGUGCUAACAAAGUAUACUAUAUAAUAGUGCAGUUACUUAUUGUGUUAGUUUAUAUCGUUUGGAAAUGAGAUUUAUGGCAUAGUUUAUAGAGAUGUUUUUGAUUUCUAAGAAUGUAAGGUCUGCAUCAUUGUUCAUAAUGUUAUAAAAGCAUAAUAGAGGUCUUUUAAUAAUUACUAGCUUUUUGAAAUAUAUUACGUUCGAAAUUCAUUGUGUAUUAAAUAAAAUCACAAAAAUAUUUCCCUACAGUAUAUAAGUACUUAUUCUUGAAAUGUUAACUUAUUUCAAAGUUUAUAACUUUUUAGUACAAUUUAGUUAUUGACAAUUUUUCGGCGCUCUCUAAGUGGAGACUGCUUGCUAAUAUAAAGUAGAUAAGUGUUAGGAUGAAAUAUUAAUAAGUUGAUAAUAUUUAAAUUCAUGGGUGUUAAAUAUUUUGUAAUAUUAUCUGUUUUCUAUACAUAACCAUUAAUUAUUUUUGAUCGAAUAUUAUUUUUUACAAUCCAUUCAUUCCAGUAUAUUUUUAAUUAUUUUUUAGUAUUUUGUUUUCAUAGUUAAUAGUAGCUUUACGAUGGUUCCUAUUUAUUUACGAAAAUGCGAAUUUAUGAGAUCUGUUUAGAAAUAAUUAUGUAUUUUAUAGUAUCUGCCUACUGUUCGUGCAUGUAAUUGUAAGCAUAUUGGAAUCAUAAUAAAUAUUUUUCAACAGAA